ACACAAAACAGACAGUUUUGAGAAGAGACUUUAAACAGACAGAAAGAAACAAAUUGUACUGAGAGAUGGAAAUCUCUAGUUCAUUGCUGUUAGUCAUAGUCUUGGCCUUAUUGAUGUUGGUGAUGUGGUGGAGGAGAACGAGUGGACUUUCUUUACCCCCGGGGCCGAUGGCACUGCCACUGAUGGGUAACAUACUUAUGAUGGACAACAGUGCACCCUUCAAAAGCUUUACAAAGUGGAGUAAAACCUAUGGUCCUGUGAUGACGGUGUACCUCGGGCCACAGAGAACCGUGGUUCUGGUCGGUUAUGACACUGUGAAAGAGGCUCUAGUGGAUCAUGCAGACGACUUUGCAGACAGAGCUCCCAUUCCUUUCCAGUACAGAGUAUUGAAAGGCUAUGGUCUGAUUAUUAGUAAUGGUGAACGUUGGCGUCAACUGAGGCGUUUCACUCUCACCACACUUAGAGAUUUUGGGAUGGGGCGAAAAAGAAUGGAACAAUGGAUUCUACAGGAGAGCAGACACUUGGUGAAGAGCUUUGAAGAAACCAAAUCUGAACCAGUCGACCCAGCCUUCUUUGUGAGCCGGGCCGUUUCCAAUGUGAUUUGUUCCCUGGUGUUUGGGCAGCGCUUUGAAUAUGAAGACAAAAACUUUUUGCACUUGCUCCAGAUCAUCUCCAGAAUUGUGCGCUUUGUUAGCAGCUCUUGGGGUCAGAUGUACAAUGUCUUCCCUCGACUAAUGGACCUCUUACCUGGCCGUCAUUAUACCAUGUUUAAAGAGGUAGAAGAAAUCCAAAACUUUGUUCUGGGUAAGAUCAGUGAGCAUGAACAGAACUUAGACCUCCAAGACCCCCAAGACUACAUUGACUGCUUUCUUAUCAAACUUAAACAGGAGAAGGACAAUCUUGACACAGAAUUCCACAAAGAUAACUUGUGGACGACUGUUGCAAAUCUGUUUCUAGCCGGUACAGAGACCACCAGCACAACGAUCAGAUACGCCCUAAUGCUGCUUAUCAAGCACCCACACAUACAAGAGGAAAUGCAGAAGGAGAUUGAUCGAGUUAUCGGACGGAACAGAACCCCUUCAAUGGAGGACAGGAAGUCCCUCCCCUUCACCGAUGCUGUAAUUCAUGAAGUUCAGCGAUAUCUGGACAUUGUUCCCCUCAGUGUUCCCCAUUAUGCCACACGUGACAUUACAUUUAGAGGUUAUGUGAUUCCAAAGGACACAGUGAUACUUCCCAUACUGCACUCUGUCCUAAGGGAUGAGGGACAGUGGGAAACACCUUGGACAUUUAACCCUGAGCACUUCCUGGAUGCCAAUGGCAAUUUUAAAAAGAGUCAAGCAUUUCUGCCAUUUUCUGCAGGUAAACGUGCAUGUGUGGGAGAGUCUCUGGCUCGUAUGGAGCUAUUUCUGUUCAUUGUCUCUCUACUUCAGAAGUUCAGUUUUAGUAGUCCAGAUGGUCCAGAUGGCAUAGAUCCCAGUCCUGAAGUCAGCGGUUUCGCCAACAUGCCUCGAUACUAUAAGUUAAUUGCCUCCCCCCGCUGACCAACAUCGGAAGCUGUGUAACUAUGAAUGUAUUUUGUAAAAAUUGUUAGGGAGCCAGGCCACAAUCAACAUGGGACACAAUUUGUUUAUAUUAUAUUUUUAAAGCUUCAGUGUUUCAGUCAAAAUUCACAGCCCAUUUUAAUCGAUGUUUUUUAAUUCCUAUUUCAAGCUGAUGUAAACAGUCUGGCCAGUCUUAUAUUCAAUCAAAACAUUUCCUCAUGUGUUGUGGCUGCUGUGAAUAAAUACGUACAGGCAAAUUA